GAGAGAGAGAGGGGGAGAGAGAGAGUUGACUAUUUAUGGGUGGAGUGGAACAACAUCCAUUGCCAUUAUUAUUUCCUUUCCAUCUAAACCCACAUACAUAAAUACACACAUUUAUAGUCCUAGCAGAAAUUUAGGUAUGUAUAGACGCAAGGAUUGAAGAAAAAGAAAACAUCCUUAAACAAGUAAAUAAUGUUAGUUCACAUUUUCUGCAGUUGUCACCUCUGUUUCUCCCCCUAGCACCCCAAAGGUACCACGAUAUCUUUAUUGUUUGCUUCACAAUUUCUGGUAAUCCUCAAAAUUCUGCUGGCUGAUGUCAACUGAGAAACAUGACAUGCAUUGAGAAGUCAACUGGGCGUGCUGACAAUGAAUCUGUGUUUUGUAAUUUAACUCCAGCCCCUAUGCAUGAUUUCAAACCGGUUGAAUGCAACGAUUGUGCCCUUCACACAGCAGAAGAAAAAACGAACAUAAAGGAAAAUCAUGGAAUGUUUUGUCAUUUAAAUGACGGUAAGGGGGAGGCUGAUCUAUUUGUCUCGGAGGAAAAAGUCGUUCUUGACUCAACUGGCCUUGUAGCAGAGAACGAUUAUAUAACUAAUGGUGCUAAAGAUAUUGACAACUCUCUCAAACAUAUCGAGAAUGAAGAUGAAUGUUCACCGUUAAAGGAUGCUAAAGGUGUGAUCUUUAACUUUAAUGCUCACAAGACCACUGAAGAAGUUCUGUUCGAAUCUGAUAAACAGGAUAGAGAUAGGCUAUGGAAAAGUCCAGAAUCUGAAAGCUUCAUGAUCGAAAACUCUGGUGAUUAUGAAGUUCGAUGUGGCAUAUCUGGUGCAGAAUCUGCUUCAGAGUUUUCACACUCGGGAGCUGAUAAACACAUAAUGGAGCCUGAAUUUCCCGAGUCAAUAGCUAGCUACAAAGAGAGCAAUUCUAAUGACGUCAAAGAUAUUUGUAUUGACGAGGGGGUGCCCAUAGUAGACAAAAACUUGAUUGAGAACCUGAACGAUAGUAGUUUUGGCACGUGUGUUUCUCUACCCUCCAUUGGCGAUAAAAAUGACAACUUGGGAGAAGACGUUCAAAAGGAAAUGCUUUCUGGCGACCCAUCAAUAAUACAGGAUGCCAAGAUCGGUGCUGCUAAUGCAUCCACAGUUAUAGAUGAUAUUGAGUCUGUCGCUCCUGAUUGUCUAAUAUCAUCGGUGGAGGAUAAUGUCAAUAAAGAAUCUGCCACGGAUACUUACCUAGAGGAUUUGAUGAAGCUUUUUGGAUCAAAACAUGCCACAACUGUAAAAGUAGAGAAUGAUAUGUCUGAAAAACAAUCGUUUGGCAAUAAACCACUUCUCGAAUCGUUGUGUGGGCAGCAGCAAUGUCAGUCUUCUGAAGAGGCAAUCUUGGAAAGUCAUGCUACUGUGCCAACAAAUGCUGAAUCGAACAAGAAUGACCAUAGUACUUUUGAUUUAAACAAUUCUAAGGCAGCAACGGCUGAUGAGAGUGCUGAAAAGAUUUCCAAACAAGUCCUUGAUUCGGAUGCCAUGCCAAAUAACGAGGAAGGGAUUUCAGAUAAAACGUCAGCUGCACCUGCUAGUGAGGUUCAAUGCAGAACCACUGUGAAGACCAAUGAAAAUUCUUGUGGAAACCCUUUAGGACCUGAGUUGCAAGACACGCGUAAUAGUGAGGACAAAGCCUCUGCUAAAUUUUCAAUUGGUAGCCACGAUCAAUUUGCAGACGGGGAGGCUAGUUUCUCUUCAGUUGGUCCUAUGUCGGGUUUAAUUACUUAUUCUGGACUGAUCCCACAUUCCGGGAACAUUUCUCUUCGAUCAGAUAGCAGCACAACCAGCGCAAGAUCCUUUGCUUUCCCAGUAUUACAAUCCGAGUGGAAUAGCAGUCCGGUAAGAAUGGCAAAAGGAGAUAGGAGAUACCGAAAGAACCGGGGUUGGAUGCAGGGCCUUCUUUGCUGUAGAUUCUAAAUUCUUAAAACUAUUUCAUUUAGGCUCUUAGGUAUAAUACAUAUACACACACAUCAUGAAGACCAUAAGUUUUUUUUUUUUUUUUAACCAAAUGCUAUUUGAUACAUGUUGAUAUAUAUAUGUAUAUCUCUCUCAAGUUUCGGGUGCACUUCUAGUAGGUUGUUUCAGCGCAAGCUUUGAGUUGUGAUCUGAAGCAUGCGGUCAACAGAUGUAAAAACUUUACACUAUUGUAUUCAAUCAAAAAUCAUUUUCAAAUCUUUAAGCCAUUUUGCGACCCCUAUGCAGCGCUUUUGAGUCACGUUACUGAACUUUGCCAUUCCUUAUGAUCUUGUUAUGCUCAUUUUUCUUUCUCAAUCUGUGAAUAUAGCCUCUGCAUCUAUAAUAACUGUCCAUACGCUUGCAUCCUCGGCCCAAACUGUAUAAGCAGUAUAUAUAUGAGAGCUGUUGAGAAACUGAUUUCAAGAAAUAGUAGUGUGACAUUUUGGGUUGAUAAUACUGUAUGGUUAGUAUAUUUAACUGAGAAAACUCAUUGAUGGUCCCCGCAAUGAAAGGACAGGUCAACCAAAACAGUGUGAAGGUUCCUUAAAAGGCAAAGCGGGCAAAAAAAAUGUUGAAUUUUUGCAUAUGCAUUGCUGUUUUUGGCACACUCUUAGAGUCUUGUGCUCUGUGUACUCCUCUUUUGUCUUUCUCUUUUCUCUCUGCAGUUGUGUACAGGCUUUUCUUUUGACUGCUAUAAAUGCCCAGCUUGCUCUCAUAUAUUCCCCUGCAAGUACAAAACACCUAUUUGAGCUUCUUCUCAACACAUAGAAACACUGUCACACUGCCUGCAGAUAUGGAAAUAAUGAUCAGAGUGAUCACAGCUCUGUGUCUCAUUCUCACAGCUCAAGAAGCUCUUGGAAAGACAGUGUCCCAUUAUGAUCAAGGAACAGAUAACAAACAACAGAUUCAGUUCCCUGCUGCGAAUCCAAGAAAGCUCAAGCUAACCAACGAUGCUGCAACUGUGAAAAGCUAUGGAGAUGACACCCAUUAUCAUCCCACUACUGUCAAUAAGCAAGAAGUUGCAUUAUCAGUAGAGAAGCGGCAUGGGAGAGAAGGAAAGGUGGGAAGACAUGGAAGAAAAGGGACAAGGCAAGAGUGGAUGGAGGGGAGUGAUAGAGACAUAGACAUGUCUGAGUUCUACACGA